UAUUUUCUCCAUAUAUCCAGGUGGUAGAAUAAAGAUACCAUCAAGAACUGGACUCUUUAAAGUCUUCCAUCACUAAUUCAAGGUUCAGACUCACAGCCUACAUGCUCUGAGAAACUAGAAGCCAAGGAAUUAACCUGAAGUUCACCCAGAAGACCUGUCUGAAAUGUGGUGGUUUCAGCAAGGCCUUAGCUUCCUUCCGUCGGCCCUUGUAAUUUGGACAUUUGCUACCUUUAUAUUCUCAUAUAUCACUGCAAUAACACUCCACCAUGUUGACCCUGCAUUGCCUUACAUCAGUGACACUGGGACAAUGCCUCCUGAAAGGUGCCUCUUUGGAGUAAUGCUGAAUAUCGCUGCCAUUUUAGGCAUUGCUACUAUCUAUGUUCGUUACAAGCAAGUUCAUGCACUGAACCCUGAAGAGAACCUUAUCAUCAAAUUAAACAAGGCUGGCCUUGUACUUGGGAUACUGAGUUGUUUAGGACUUUCUCUUGUGGCAAAUUUCCAGAAAUCAGCACUAUUUAUUGUACAUGUAUGUGGAGCUGUCCUUGCCUUUAGUAUGGGCUCAUUUUACAUGUUUGUUCAGACCAUCCUUUCCUACCAAAUGCAGCCCAAAAUUCACAGCAAACAAGUCUUCUGGGUCCGACUACUGUUGGUUAUCUGGUGUGGAGUAAGUGCACUUAGCAUGAUGACUUGCUCAUCAAUUUUGUACAGUAGUGACUUUGGUCCUGAUAUAGUACAGAAACUACACUGGAACCCAGAGGACAAAGGUUAUGUGCUUCACAUAGUUACUACUGCAGCAGAAUGGUCUAUGUCAUUUUCCUUCUUUGGAUUUUUCCUGACUUAUAUUCGUGAUUUUCAGAAAAUUACUUUACGGGUGGAAGCCAAUUUACAUGGAUUAACCCUCUAUGACACUGUUCCUUGCCCUGUUACCAAUGAAAGAACACCAUUGCUUUCCAGAGAUUUUCAAUGAAUGGAUAAACAUCUUCUAUGAUGAUUGUGAUUCUCAGGGACUGAGAAAAGAUGCAUAAAAGUUGCUUAUUAUACUGUGAAAAUUUGAAUCAGUUAAUCAAGGUUGACAGUGAUAUAAAAAUGAAAGAUGAUAUCAAAAGAAGUGUAAUAAGCCAUCUGAUAAGUUUUCUUAAAGGAUGUUGUUAAGAAGACUAUCUAAAAACAUUAUGUAUAGACUUUUUUAUAAUCCAGAAAAUAAAACCAAAGGAUAACACCAUUGUAGUGUUUGCUACCUUAUCAAAGAAAGCCUGAAGUACAUCAAGUAGUCUCUAUGCUUGGUCUGAAACAUGUUGUUAUUUUAAAAGCAUCUUUUGUUAGCACUAAUUUUAUGAGAGACAUAUUCCAUGGCCCACAGUAAUCAGCAUUGGUCAGCAAAUCAUUCAGAAUCAGGGCUUAAAACUGAAGUUUUACUAUAUUAAUACUUUUCUUAUGAGAGACAUAUUCCAUGGCCCACAGUAAUCAGCAUUGGUCAGCAAAUCAUUCAGAAUCAGGGCUUAAAACUGAAGUUUUACUAUAUUAAUACUUUUCUUAUAGUGCUUAAAAAUGUGCUGCUGCUGCUGCUGUUGUUGUUGUUGUUGUUUGUUGUUGUUAUGGAAUCUCCUCUGUAAAUAGGAGCCUGCCUCAAAUCAUCUGAGAUCUUUGAUGGCUUAAAUUUUCCUCCCUACAGCCCACCCGCAACAAACACGAAAUCAAUGGGUAUUUAUUUGAUUCUGGCCACUUUAAUAUUAAUAUCUAUUAUAUAUGCUUAUAAUAAUUUCAUCAUGUCUGGUCUCUGAGAUUAGACUUUUUAAUUGCCAGUGAAAGAGAGAAAGAUUAUUUGCAAAUAUGCUACCAUGUUGUUCUUUAUAAAAUAAAGGUUAAGGUUGAUGACAUUGCUCAGUACGUAAAUUACUUGCUGCCAACCCUGACUAUCUGAGUUCAAUAUGUAGAAUCCACAUAGUGGAAUCUUGACUUCCAUAUGUAUAUACACAUACACAAUAAAUAAAUGGGAUAAUAGAGAUGAACAGCAAUGUUCCUAAAUAAGAUUGUAAAGUCUGUGAACAAAAGGAGAUAUGAUUAGUAACAUAAAAACCACUCACUAAAGUUAGGGUCUUUGAUUUUUCAUUUAGAGAAAUUUAUAAUUAGUAGUAAAAUUAGUUUUGAGCAGAUAGUUAGCCUAUUUAUUGGAAUAUGAUCUUUUUAAAACCUAGAUCUGAAGAAGAGACUGAAAUCCAAAAUAAAAAUCUGAAUCUUU